AGAGUACAAACAUUAAAACAAUAUUGUUUCAAUUAUUUAUUGAGACAUAGAGAGAAUAUACCAAAGAAUAUAACAACAAUCUAUGAGAUACCAGAGAUUAGAGAGGAGUUUGUUGCGUUGGCAAAGAGGAAGAAUAUGGUAGACGAUCAAUUCUUCUCAGUCUUUGGUGAUGUAUUCAUACUCACCGGUGCCAACUCAAAUACAACAACUCCAUUCUUAAACAACAAUCCAUUAAAUGCCAAUAGCAGCAACAAACAAGUGACGGAUGGAGAUGUAGAGAUGUCAACAGAAUCAAACAAUAACAACAAUAAUAGUAUAACAACAAGAGUUGGUAAUAGCUCAACAACACGUAUAAAUGAAAUAGAUCUAUCUGGUUUGGUUAGGAUCACUGAUAUAUCGAUACAGUUCUUGACAAAGUAUGAUCAUCUUCAACAUUUGAACUUGUCAUUCUGUACAGGCAUCAGCAAUGACUUUGUAAAGGUGUUGGCGACCAACCCCGCCAUUCAACUGCAAUCGAUCAAUCUGUACUACACCAACACGAACGAUCAGUCCAUCCAGUCCAUCGUCAACACCUAUCCCAAUCUGAAAAGCCUGUCGAUCGCCGGCUGCCAGAUGAUCACCGAGGCCGCCAUCAAGUCGCUGUCCAAGUGCUCGUCGCUCACCUACCUCGACAUCUCGCACAAUCGCAAGCUGACGCCGUCGUGUACCAAGCAUCUGGCGUUCAGCCAUCUGAUCUAUCUGAAUGCCUCGUGGCUGGGACCCGAGGCCAAGGAGGCCUCCUUCUACAAGUGCGCCAAGAACUGUCCGCACCUGCAGUCGCUGUCGAUCGCCGCGUCCAACCUCACCGACUCGGAGCUGCAAAAGAUCCUGGCCGAGGCCAAGCGCCUCACCUCGCUGGACAUCUCGUACUGUCCUCAGGCGCUGUCGCUCGACACCAAGACCUACAAGUAUCUGGCCAACCUGCAAUCAUUGUCGAUCGCCGGCUGCAACUUCAAGGAGCCCAUACUACGCAAGAUCAUGGAGUACACGACCAAUCUGCGCGAUCUUGAUCUCUCGCAUCAAGAGGGCACCAUGUCAUGGACAUUCCUCACAUACAUCAUCAGUGACGCUCACAUCCUCCAACAUCUGCAUACUCUCAACCUAAGUCAUUCCAAGUUUGACAAGUUCGACGUGGACACUCUCUUGCAGUAUCCAUCUCUCAACAUCUAUCUUCCUACA